AUGCAAGGAAGCUCAAUCGUCGACUUCGACGUCGUGGAAUCUCGCGACAAGUCACAGACAACGCACAUGGAGAAAAUGGCCCAAUCGACGAAAAGAAAAAGGGUCGCCAAAAACAGAAAGAAGGCAUGGAGGAAGCACUCAAAUAUACAAGAUGUUGAGGAAUUUAUGGAUGAUGAACGAAUGCAGCUUCGAACUGGUGGUCUAGUAGCAGAAAAACCUGAUGAAAGUUUGUUCUUUGUUGAUGAUAAACAUCCAUCUAAAGAGGAAGAUGAUUCGAAAAAGAAAUUGGAGAGGCCUCUUAAGAUUGAUCGGAAACUGACACCAGAUCCAAGAAUACCAGUAGCUAGAAUAUCAAAGACGCCCAGGUCACUGGAGAGACCGAAGCGAAAGAGUAAGUUGGUGCAGAGACUAGAAGCGGAGGGAAAAUGGGGGCCAUCAUCAACAGUCAAGAGAAGGAAACUUGCUGCUGCUUUGAAAGACAGUGACCUAGCACAGAAAGCUAAAGAUGAUGAUAAUAAGAGGAGAGAAUGUGGUAGAGCAGUCUAUGAUCUCUGGGGAGAUCCAGCACCUGUUAAGUCAAAGACGGAGGCAACACCAAAUGAACACUUUCUCAGGGUCACUAAGAAGACAAGGAAAAAGUUACCAAAAACCUACUACAAUAAGACUUCUUGUUUUAAUGCUGUAGAGGUUUUACCAGGAGGAGCAUCUUAUAACCCAACGUUUGAAGAUCAUCAGGAACUGAUCCAGAAAGCAAUUCAAGUGGAAGUAGAUAGGGAGAAGAAGGAAGAGAAAGUAAACAGAUGGCAUCGCUUUGCUAAAGUUAGCCGAGCCGAGAUGGAGAGAAAUAAUAUGAAAGAAUUGACUGCUGGACUGUUUGAUGAUGAACUCAAUCAAGAUGAAGAUAAAGAGGAUGAUGAAGAUGAUGGUGUACUUCCUGGUGCUCCAGUGGUUGCAGAGAGGAGAAAGACAAAAAGACAAAGAAACAAAGAAAGACAAAUAAAACAACAGAUGAAGAAAGCCCAUGCCGAGAAAGCUGAUAAGAUCCGUCUGAAUGAUGUUUACCGUCUCCGAUCAUUAAAGAAAGAAAUCAAGGAGAAAGAAGAGAAGAUAGCAACUAAAAUAAAGGAGAAGAAAGAAAAGGCUAAGGAGAAUGAAGGCAAAACCAAACGGCUUGGACGAUACAAAUAUGAAGAGCCUCCUAUACCAGUCAAGCUAUCUGAACAUCUUGUUGGUACUCUGAGACAACUCAAGCCUGAUGGAAGUAUGAUAGCAGACCGAUUCAACAAUUUUCAAAAGAGGAAUAUGAUAGAACCUAGGAUAUGGAAAAAAGGAACAAAGCCCAAGAUGAAAGAAUAUGAGAAAAAAAGCUUCAAGGAAAUAAAGUGAAUGUCAGUUGCUUUCUAGGAUUAUUGAAUCGACCAAUCUUCUCGCGGCUGCUGAGAACUUCUGAGUCUAUGCCGGGAUAAACUUGUUGGUGUCCCAUUGCACGGCUAAUUACAACAACUAUCUAGAUUUAUAAAGCUUAAUGGACGUCCUGGCGUAUUACAGACAUUUCAUUACCUUGGUCAUUGGAUUCUGAUUUUUCAGCAUAUAAUGUAUGUCCUCCAUCCACUCCUUGGGGAGUAUUCCAGCAAGAGCUUGCAAUCUCAAUGCAUGGCAUACUACAUUGCCCCUUGCAUGGUACUGCAUCAUGUGAAGAAAGACUAAUCACUUUCUGGUUUCUCCAUUUUUCAAGAUAAAUAGAAACCUCUUUUUCUUGACCACGAUGAAAGCAUGCAAUAUAGUACAAACUCACUAAUUUAGUUAUAUAGCACUUGCAAAUCUUAUCAAUUUUGUAGACUGAAAUUCCCCGGAAAUUAUUUAAGAAUAUUAGAUGAUUGAUGUGAUAGAAUCUGCAACCUGUGCACUCACCAUUUCCCUCGUUACACAAUACUGUUUUAUUAUAUCGAUAUUCCAUAUGUGUGUAGAUUUGUAUAACCAAAAAUAUGAAGCCUAACAUGUGGAGUCCAUAUUUUGACGAAAUCAUGUCUCGUUUAAUAUUCUAAAAUUUUAGGGAAAAUAUUCUGAACUUUGAAGAUCAAAUUUUGGGAGGUCUGUAUCAUAUUAUAUUCUAUAUAUUUGUGAGAGCAAAGGUAAAAGGUUUCUGUUAUGCUUACUUGUAUUGCUUUGUGGACAAGCAAAUCCAAGUUUCCGAUUGAAGAUCACAUUAUUUAAAACAUGUUUGUUAAAAAACAAAUGAUAGAUUUGUUUUAUGUAUUAUGAUUUAUAAUGCUUUUGAAUUAGUAUGUCCUUUAUUGUGCAGUUCAGUGAGAUUCUCAUGAAUCUUAUUGAAAUUGUUCUUGUAAAACUAUUUUUUUCAGAAUAUAUUCCACAUUUAAUGAAUCUGACGUAGAUGAUUAAUUAAAUUUUAACCACAUGAUAAAUUGCAGUCAGUCCCAUCAUUCUGUUUUACUCAUCUCUCAGUUUUGAGUAUGUGCUGAUUGAAAGUAUGUUGCAUUGUACUACAUAUAUCUUUGAUGAAAGUUUGUUGAACUCUGAACUAUCAUACAUUGUAAACCACACUAAAAUGGGUGCACCCAAUCCUGCUCCUGCUCCCCUUGCGGGGGGUGAAAAUAAUCAUUGUAAGGUUCUUGUUUUUUUCAUUAAAAAUCUUAAGAUGUCCCCAAGCACUUCUGAAAUGAUAAAAACAACCAUUAGAAAAAACCUUCAAUUAACUUUUUGCUCAGGUUCCGUUAACACCAAGGGUGAGCAAUCAAUCAUAUGUUUGAUUUUUAUUAUUGAUUGGAACCGAUCAUAGACAUUUGUUUUAUGGUCAUGCUUUAUGCUUUUUGUUAUAGAUCUCAUAACUAAAUCUUACCUUUAAAGCCU